AUGGAGUCGUUUCUUCGCGGCCUCGAGCUGCAGGAGUACUACCCGCGGUUCAUGGCGCAGGGGAUCGACGACGUGAGCGAAUGCCGCGCGGAGCGAAGGCUGGACGCGCUCCUAGACAGCGUCGGCAUGACGAGUAAUCCCGGGUGCGCGAAUAAUCCGGAGCGUCGUCGUCGAAGUGCCCACCCGAUCAUCCAUCCGAGCCUCCCCCCCGCCCGUCCCUGGCUUUGCUCGCACCCUCCCGCCGUCUUCUCUCUUCUCUUCUCUUCUCAGCGCUCUAUUUAUUUACGCCGUCCACCGCGAUCGCGCCACCCGCCGAGCAGGCACGUCGAGGCGUUCAAGACCGCGCUGUUCAAGGCGGGCGGCGACGACGCGGGAGGAGGAUGGCGAUCCAAUAAUAAAAAGUCCAAAAAGUCCGCCGCCGCCCCCGUGGACCCCGCGGAGGCGAUCCGACAGGCGAUGGCCGCGAGCAAAGCCAGAGGCGGCGGCGCCAUCGGCGGCGGCACCGCGGCGAAGCGACCGGCGCCGUCCGCGGCGGGAGCGGCGACGGCGGCGGUGAACAACGUCGACCGGGCGUCGGAGGAAGAGAUGCUCGAGAUUCUCCUCAGAGCGCGAUCGAAGGCGCGUCGGAUUCACACUGGUUCCCAUACGACCGCGCACGCGUGGUGA